GCUUCCUGUCCCGGAACAGGAAGUCCGGGAAGGAUUGUGCAGUUCAUAGAGUCUGGUGGGUGCAGAUGGAGCUGAAGAGGCUAAUGAGUUAACCUUAGAGUUUCGACACAAGAUGCCACUUCGAUGAUACAAUCAUGCUGUUGACUGCAUAUUUGGUACUAGUGGGUCUUCUGGCUCUAUGGGCAGUUCUGGAGUUUUCUGCCUGCCACUCCAAGUCAUCUGCAACCAGCAAUUCUUUGGGCAACCCAGCAUUUCGCCGCUUCCAGUAUGAUUUCUAUAGAGCCUACUUUCCUGCUUUAGCUGCAGACUGGCUACAAGGUCCUUAUUUGUACAAACUAUAUCAUCACUAUCAUUUCCUGGAGGGUCAGAUUGCUGUCAUCUACGUUUGUGGCUUUGGAGCUAGUGUUCUGUCUGGUUUAGUAAGUGCCCCGCUUACAGGUCGGCUCGGCCGAAGAAAAUCAUGCAUACUCUUCUCCAUUCUCCUGGCUGGUUGCUACUUGUGCAAGUUAUCCGAGGAUUACUUUGUGCUUCUGGCUGGUAGGGUGCUGGGAGGAUUCUCCAGCUCCCUUUUAUUUUCUUCCUUUGAGGCAUGGUACGCUCAUGAGCACAGUGAGCAUCAUGACUUUCCAUCAGAAUGGCUUCCUCACACCUUCUCCAAGGCAGCAGCCUGGAAUGGAGGCAUUGCUGUGGUAGCAGGAGUGACAGCCAAUGCCUGUGCAGAGUCGCUUGGAUUGGGACCUGCUUCGCCAUCUGUGCUUGCUGUGCCACUUCUGGCUUUGUCUGUAGUCCUAGUGAUACGUGAAUGGGAUGAGAACCAUGGACAGAGUGGGAGCUUCAACCGGAUUUGCGGUGAUGGGUUGCGAUGCCUGCUGAGAGACAGACGUGUGCUCCUUUUGGGUGCCAUUCAGGCAUUAUUUGAGAGUGUAGUGUAUAUUUUCAUCUUCCUAUGGACCCCAGUACUGGAUCCUCAUAACACACCACUCGGGGUUGCCUUCUCCAGUUUCAUGGCAGCCAGCGCAGCAGGUUCCUCGCUAUACCGUCUUGCCACCUCCAAGAAAUAUCACUUACAGCCGAUGCACGUUUUGUGCCUGUCUGUCCUUAUGGUCUUUUUCUCCCUCUUUAUGCUAACGUUCUCUACAGGUCCUGGACAGGAACGUCCAACGGAGUCCUUCUUGGCCUUCCUGCUCAUCGAGCUGGCUUGCGGUCUGUACUUUCCAGCUAUGGGAUUCCUAAGACGCAGGCUAAUCCCAGAAAAAGAACAAAUAGGUGUAUUGAACUGGUUCCGAGUCCCCCUGAAUCUUCUUGCUGGCCUUGGAUUGCUUAUGUUGCAUGAUGUUGAUAACCAGAGUGGCACAAGGAAUAUGUUCACCCUGUGUGCCUUUACAAUGCUGCUUGCCUUGCUCAGUGUUGUAAGCCUUUUUUCUCUGGUGAGGAAUGACCCUGAACUGCGGUUGCCCAGUUCAGAGAUAGAGCCCAGCGGGUCUGAGAUCUGACUUGACGAGGGAAGAAGGUGCAUCUUGUAACAAAGAGUGAAACCAAAUUAAAAGACAAACCCUGCAGAUGAAGGCACGUCAAGGCUACAGAUUAUGUACAGGACUUUUUAUGUGCUGUUUGAAAUUUGUGGAGGGUUAUAUGUUAUUUAUAUUCCUUCUAUUG